CCAUGAUAAUGGCUUUUUACGUCUAACGCAAACUAGGAGAGGAUUGUUAAUCCUAUUUAAUUCCGAUCGUUUUGUACGGGCGAAUGAAAUGACGUCACCUAACUAAACUGAAACAUGUUUCAUCCAUCAAGUUUACAAAAUAAAAAGAUUAAUUUUGGUUUUACGAUACUCAGGUAACAGCUGCAAUGACGAUGUGGUGAGCUAAAAGGAUCCAAAACAGCUAAAUGCAUGAAACAUUCAAAGUGAUAACGUGACCACCACAGAUAUUUAAACUUCCACCAUUCAGUUAACCCAAAGUACUUUUCUGUGUUUACACAUGGAAUAGUCGAUUUUGUCCUGUCUAAAAUUUUACUUGCAGGUGUAUAGAAGAAUUGUAAAUUUUUGAUGGUAUCUAUAUAUAUAUAUACAUAUAUACAUAUAUAUAUAAAAAUAUAUAUCAGUGAUUUUAGUGUACCUUAUCUGCUUGGAACUUGAAAAUUAUAAAUAAUAAAAUUUAAAGAAAAUAUUCUUAAAAAGGUUACAAUUGAAUUAAUACCAGAACAUGUAAAGUACCAGUUUAGUAACUAAGUUCUACUGAAUCACCAUCCAGUAAAUUCAAUAUGAAUUCAAAUCCCUUGAUUGUAGUAGUUAGUUCCAGCAAUACAAAACCUAAAUCUAUUAUUAAGUUGAUCACUAAACAUAAUCCGGAAGAAAGUAGUUCAGGUGUUAUAAUACAUCGGUGGAAUAUAAACACAAAAUAUUAUACAGCUGAUGUCAGUUUUGUAGCUUUUCCAAGUAGUUAUGAACGCAGUGAAGAGUUUAACAAUCAAGUUGAAGCUCUAAUUAUUCAUAUGGAUACCAACAAAGAAUCUGGCAUUGAAGACCUGGAUCAAUAUAUGGUGUUGGAAAAAGAAUGCAACCCCGAUAUAAAAUUGCUAGUAUCUAAUUACUGUAAUGAAGAAACAAAAAUAUCGAGAACCAAAGCAAUAGAAUGGUGCAUUAAAAGAGGUUUUGAAUUUGUUGAACUCUAUCCACUGACUACAGAGCCUGCAGAACAAGAUAUAUUAACAGAAAAAUUUGGUAUUCACAGGAUCAUUGAAGCUCUACAUGCACAUACUUGGUCCAAUCUUGUAUUAAAACCACAAAAAACAAAGAAAACAGAAGGGGAAUUAAAAGUUUGUCAAAAAGCAGAUCAGGCUGAUAGGAAAACUGCAAAUUCCGAAGAAAAGGAUUCUGUUCUUGAUGAUGAAUUUAUGGAGUUGUUUUCUCAAAUUGGAAUGAUGAGAAACAGUUUAGGUUCGUUGUCAACACAUCAACGCAGGCAAUGUGCUGAACAAAUGGUUACAGCAUUUUGGAAAGCUAUUGGAGGGGAAGAGGAAGAACUUCUGGACUUGUAAAAUAUUAAUAAAUUUAUUUAUUUAACUGUUAAAUGUAAGACAUAUUGUCUAUAUACAAUAUUUUAAAAUGAAA